UUGUUUAGUUCAUCAGGUACAGGAGUGAGAGCAAUGGAGCCGGAUCUUGGGCCUCCUAUUCCGCCAGCGGUGGAGGAUUAUGUCAUACCUGAAGAGUCGUCGUUGUUAGGUCCUUGCGAAGGAGUUCAGAUCGAGCCAUCGAGUGAAUUUGUCACGCCACUUUCGCCAACGAAACGAUUCGGUGCUCGUAUUGCGGAAGAUUCAAUGGUUCCGCCCGAGUCCCCGGACAUGAAGUUCGCCCGGGAUCGGCUCGGUACCUUACUGACGUCCAUGAGGCAAGGUGAAACUCCCUGGCUGAAUCCGCUGGACAAAAAACCAACAGUUGAAACGAGUGAGUUCCGAAGAGGACCAGGUCGUCCAAGGAAGGUACAGAAUAAAGACAAACAAGUAGUGUUCGAAUUACGUGGGAAGCCAUUCGGUCUUCGCGAUGGUCAAACAGAAUCAAUGUAUCAGCUAUGCAGAGCAUGGAUGCGCGGUAAAUCCACUGAACCAUGCGAACCACAAAAACCUGCACCGCCUCCUGGUGAUACAUCUUUGGAUCUUCUUGUAAUGCGUGACAUCGUGGCGCUCCCCCGAGCUCGCUCUCCAUAUCCAGAACCAAAUGCGUGGCCCAAUAAAGAUGCAAUAGACAAACUUGAUGCUACGGUGGAUCCAGAAGACGUUGACGCUUUACGUGACGAAUAUGCGAGGCACUGGAAGCAAGUUAAGAACGGGUGGCGAGCUCAUACACGACGACGUGCUCAACGGUACCACAGGAGUAUUCGUCUCCUGGAGACAGUUUACCACAUUAACCAAGAAAAUGUUGCUUAA